AUGUUCCAGGGAGAUCACAAUUCAAACUAGGAUCACAAAAUAAAACCACAAAAACAACCAAUAUCGGAAUGACAAAACAGCAACAGGGCACAGCAGGAGGAGUGAAGGUACCCACACAUCCAAAGGCCUGGGCAAAGAGGUGCCAAUCCUUGAAACGGAUACAGCAAAGCUCCUUGGAAGUGAGGUCAUUCCUCCACCUGGGGACCACCACAGACAAGUCCCUCUCCUACGCUGCUACCCAUCAAAUCACAGAGGGUGGUGGCCAG